AUGGAGUUAUCCCUGUUAGACUCUGUGAAGUUGGAUCUUCAGUGUUCGUCUACUAUCACUGAUGUUGCCAUCAAUGGGAUCUGUAUGGAGGGGUUCGACACAAAAUGGCGAUGUGAGCAGGCUCUGGGUGUUGGCGAGUACUUUGUUGCUGACCCAUCCAUCUCUAUCAGUUACUUCCAAGGGGACUCACACCUCAUAUUGGCUUAUGUCCUCAGACCAUCCGAUAAAAGUCUGUUCAUCGAACAAAGCAUGUGUUAUGUUGUAAAUAAUCCACUCAAUGGGGAGUACUCGUACUGCCUUCCAAUCCUCGCCAUCACUUUCGGUAAUGGGCAUCCAGUCAACUUCUUUGGUGAGACUGUUAACUGUGUCUUAUCAUGUUUGUUAUAA